AUGUCAUCGGGAGAUCCACCUCGACCACCCCCAGUUGACAAGGGGAAAGGUAUUGCAAAAACAAGAAAGAGACGUAAUAAUUAUGUGCUUCGGAUUCCAGUCAGACCCAUCACCCCUACCCCAGGCUUACAUAUGCCAUCUUUAUCUUCCCCACCUCCACCCAUAGGGUUACAUAACCCAACAUCUAUCCCAGCGAUUCAUAUGCCGUCCUCCUCUUCUCAACCUCCACCCAUAGGGUUGCACACCCCUGUUGUACCACCCUUCCAUAUACCAUCCUCAUCUUCCUCAGCUCCACACACUGGGUUACAUACCCCUUCCACAGACAUUAGAGCAUCCCCAUCACCUCAUAUUGUACCAUCCCCAGCCUCCAUUGGUGGCCCAUCUCCUGCCGUUGGUCAGCAGUCUGCACCAUCCCCAGUUGCAGGUGAUAUAGUUGCCCCACAGCCUAUGGUUGAUGCUGAUUUAGAUGCAGAACCUGACCCUCCUCUGCAGGACCGCCCAAUGAUUGAACCUGUCGGUCGAGGGUUUGUUCCAUCUAGAGUUGCUUCACAGGCUAUCACAAAGACAAUCAAGCAACAAUUUCUUAAUCCUUGGCCAUCAUGGGGAUCAAUACCUGAAAAAGACAAGGAAAUUUUCUGGCAACGUUUCAAGAGGAGAGUUCAGUGGGCACCAGAGCAUGAAAUUGCCAUUAAGAGAAAUUUCAACAAUAGAGCUUCCCAUCGUCUAUCUGAGCUGUUUAGAGAUGCUAGAACGGCUAGAGAAAGGCCAGAAUGGAUUCCUAAUGAUCAAAAAAAGAAUAGGGCUUCUAAAACAGGUGAGACCCUACACACAGGUGGAUCCAUUACCACUUACGAGCAUGCCCUUCGUAUGGCACGUGAGUUGGGAUGCCAUGUGUUUCUUGAUGAAGUCUUUCAGCAGACACAUAUCCGGAAGGGUAUUGGCGAGUAUGUGGAUGAGAGGUCUAGGAAGACAAAUGAAGAAUUUCAGACUAGGCUUUCUCAAGUUAGAUUUGAGGUUUCCUCAUGUGCUGAUGGAACACAAGAGCAGUCCUCUGUUGAUCCUACACAGGACGAGAAUAUCAGGACUAGGUGUUGGAUUGAGACAGUAGGAGGGAAAAAGAAAGGAAGACUUUAUGGGGCUGGUCAACUUGUUUCAAAAUAUACAGGUCCAAAUGAAAGCUUGAACCAAGUACCAGCUUCUUCCUCUUCUAAUACUGAGGACCUCACUAAUAUUAGGCAACAACUGUCACGCAGCCUAGAGGAAAAUGAGCAAUUGAGGUCUGAGUUUCGAUCCUUUCAGUCACUAGUCCUGCAAUAUCUCCCUCUUGAUGCUCAGGCUCGUCUUCAGCAGCCACAGCCACAACCACAACCACAACAGCCAAACCCUACUCAACCAAACUUUGAAAUCCCUCCACCCCAUUCUCAGCAACAAAAUAAUGAAGAAGACGAUAAUCUAAUUGAAGAAUCUUCUCCUGAUUAUGAAGAUUAUUAG